AUGAGUCGCUGGAUAUACACGGCUUCGGGCGUGCUUAUAGGAAUAUCCAUUUCUGGAAUUCUCUAUACCGCUUUUCUGCGACCUGAAUCGCAGAAGAAACGAUCGAAAUCUAACAAGAAUACCCCCUCACAGCCCAUUGUUGACCCGCCAAAGGCCCGGAUAGGACUCCAGGGACUCAUUGGAAAUACCCCAAUGGUCCUAGUGCCGUCGUUGAGUCACGCAACUGGCUGCAAGAUAUAUGCCAAAGUUGAGGCGUGCAACCCGGGAGGUUCAGCCAAGGACAGAGUUGCGUUGGGAAUCAUUCAGGCUGCCGAAAAAUCGGGGGCCAUUGCUCCUCACGAGGGUCACGUGAUUUACGAGGGAACAAGUGGCUCUACAGGAAUUUCUCUCGCCAUGCUGUCGAAGGCUAUGGGCUACAAUUCGCAUAUUUGUCUUCCAGACGACACUUCAAGUGAGAAGGUGGAUCUUCUUACUAACCUGGGAGCCGUUGUUGACAAGGUGCGACCUGCUGGAAUCGUUGACAAAAACCAUUAUGUUAAUAGUGCACGUGACAAGGCUGUUGAGUGCGAGACCGGUGCUGUGUUCUCAGACCAGUUCGAAAACGACGCCAACUGGAGAAUUCAUUACAACACCACGGGACCUGAGAUCUUCAUCCAGACCGACGGAGAGGUAGAUUUGUUUGUGACUGGCUCUGGAACCGGAGGAACCAUUUCUGGUGUGGCCAAGUACCUCAAAGAAAAACUGGACGACGUCAGGGUGGUCCUUGCAGACUGCCAGGGGUCUGGGUUGUAUCGAAAGAUUAAGUAUGGAGUUAUGUACGACUCCGUGGAAAAGGAGGGCACUCGUCGACGACACCAGGUGGACACUCUUGUGGAGGGUAUCGGUAUCAAUCGAAUUACUCACAACCUGUCCCAGGGUCUGGAGUUCAUUGAUGAUGCCAUCCGGGUCACUGAUGAGGAAGCCGUCAAGAUGGCCAAGUAUCUGGUUGACAACGACGGUAUGUUUGUGGGCUCUUCCACUGCUGUCAAUAUGGUGGCUGCUUACAAGUGUGCCAAGAGCCUGGGACCCAAUCACACCAUUGUCACUCUAUGGUGUGAUGGAGGCCAUCGCCAUUUGAGUAAGUUCUGGAAGCAGGCCAGAGAGCUUGGGGAGAUCAAGUUGGAGGAUUUUUAG